AUGCGCCAAUUAACCAGCGAGUACGUGGUAAAAUUAAUCACGCACUGGGAUCAUAAGGGAAACGCAUUUAUCCAGAUGCAAUAUUGCCCAUACAACCUAGCGCAAAUUAGUAAACAACUAGAUGCCACUUUCAAUAAGCCACCGACGGUUUUAGACAUAAUGCUUGUCAAACGGGUUCGGCGAUACAUCGGGUGCGAGAUGUUCAUAGAGCUACUUCGGGGGCUGCACUACCUGCACACCCGUCAGCCCCCGUACAUACACCGGGACCUAAAAGCUAAGAAUAUUCUGUUUGACCCGAACGCUGGCAGUUCUGGUAUAUUCUGUAAACUGUGCGACUUUGGACUGGCAGUCAGGUGUUGGACAGAUGAGACGGGCAGUACGGUUGUGGGCCCACCCGGUGUCGGCACACGUAGAAGUAUGGCACCCGAGGCACACGAUGGCCGCUAUAAGCGCUGCGGCGAUAUUUACAGUUUGGGCUUGAUUGGUUCAAAAUUAAUGGAUAUUGAUUGUUAA